AUGACUAGACUCCCACCUGAUCAGGAUCUGUCUGAAAGAGAUAUCAAUAUCCAGCCUUGUUCGCUGCAAGAAAUAUGGCGUGCUGUUCACGUCAUACAACUUCGACAGGACGCACACAGAGAGCUGAGAGACUUGACCAGACUCAGCACACUCAUGGGAGCCACAGCCCAUUUGGAGACAUCGCUGAACGAGUUGGGACUUCCCACGAAACAGUUGGACUACAUCUACGGAUGCAUGAAAUUCGCACUUGAGAUUGCUAGUGCAUACCCUUCUGCGUUCGACAAUCUGCUCGACGUAUACAAAAAGUUGGGAAACAACGCCCCAACACUUCAGCAAUAUGAAUCGUCCAUCAAAAACCAACCCUUUAUGCACAAAUGCAUGAGACUGAUGCAAGAAGAGUUAGUUGCCUUUCAUUUCUGCAUCUGUCAGUGUUUCAGACCUGAACCUAGACUAAAGGCUUUAUUCGAUGGUGUGGCAGUAGUGUUACACCCUGCCAGCAUGCCCGAUUGUGCUGCACCAAUCUUCUUGAACAUUGGGACCUACGUGGCGGGCAACAACUACGAACGGAAAAACGUGAAUGACAACGCUCAUGCACUCUUCGGCAAUCACUACUCGACUGAUACACGUGAUCAAAAUGCAUGUAGUGAUAGGAACCUCGACAGCAAGCUCGUUCUGCAGCAAUUAGAAGACCUGAAGCAGAAUUCGGCCAACGCUAUCGACGUCCUAGAAAAGCAAAAGGUGGUCCGUAGGCAAGAGCAGUAUAGUGCAUUGGUCAAUUGGUUAGCUGGAACUGGCUCAACCGAUUACCAGCAGAGCGCACAUGGCGUGCAUGAAAUGUACUGUGACACAGGGAAGUGGAUAUUGAAACAUGAAAAGGUCACAACUUGGCUGGAAGGGGAGGGAAUACGCAGACCAGUGCUCUGGAUGUAUGGAAUUCCUGGGGCCGGUAUGGCGUAA